GCUGCGGGCUGGUUUCCGCUUCCGGAUGGUAGCUCCCGGUGGCGCGUUCUGGUAGCUCAGUGGUUGCCAUGGAGAUUUUGGGCGAGUACGUUGGGCUGGAAGGGCAGCGGCACCAGCUGCGGGUGUCCUGUGAGGCGCCCGACGACGCUGACCCUCUCCAGGGCCUAUUGUCGGGCGUGGCCCGGAUGAGGGAGCUGGUGGCCGAGCUCUUGGACCCCCAGGUGCAGCGGGAAACGCAGGACCGAGCGGCGGCGGCUCCAGAAGAGGCCUUGGACGGUGAUAAUGAAGAUGAUGCAGAAGAUGAAAAUAACAUUGAUAACAGAACUAACUCAGAUGGACCAUCUGCAAAACGGCCAAAAACAUCAUUUUAACAAUAGCUGUAUGAAAUGUAAAAGACUGCUGCCAUGCUUGCUCUGCAGCCCACAUACUAAAAUUGGAACAAUACAGAGAAGAUUAGCAAGACCCCUGCACAAGGAUUACACGCAAAUUUGUGAAGCAUUAAAAAAAAAAAAAGACUACAGCCAUAUCAACAUCUGCUCUAAUUGAGAAAAGCAUUUGUUUUGUUCUUCUGGCACAGUUUUGUCAAAGAAAAAAACUUCUGUUUCCAGCAAAGAAAGAUAUAAUAAAUGUUUAGAAAUGAA